GGCCCUUUAUCUUCACAGUUCAAAGCUGCUUUUUAGCUUUACAAGAACAACACCUUGACAUGUCUCAGCUGUAUCUUCCUGCCACGGGGCGAACCACCGCCCCAUCAUCAUCGGCAAAGGAGACCUCGUCCGGUCUUAGCAGCGAAAAACAGUUGAAAGUGGAAGAUGUCCAGGAGGCUUAUAUCGACCACAAGGACCGUUUGGUCCGCGCUAUCGACUCUACAAAGUCUAUCCUCGACGACCUCCGCAAGUUCAACAAGGAGGACUGGGUAGUCAGGUAUCCGCAACUAAAUGACCAGCCUCUGGAGGAACAACCUGCUCCGACCUCCACAUCGACCAAGCGUCGCAAGCAUCUGCGUCGUUCUCUCACAUUCGCGGACGAUCCAAGUUCUCAGACAGAGGUUGUAUUCUCGCCUGUUAGAGGCCGCAUGACUCGGGCAGUCACGCUUGCAUCUAUCGUAGAUUCUAAGGAAGAAGAGGAGCCAAAUGCUGAAAAGGAGGCUGAGGAGGGUGACCGUCUAAUUCCUCCCUCCGAAGGCACUGAUUUUAGUAUUCUGCGUCUGGAUCUUAAACUUGGAUCCCAUGGUUCUUCCACCGCCCCUGCCGCGCUUGUCUCUCAGCUCGAGAAAUCCUCGAUAGCUAAUUUGCUCGACGAACGCAUCAGUGCAUCCCUUAACCAUGUCGACAAACUUCGGCUUCGUGUGGAGGACACAUCGUCCAAGGUUCUCGUCACUGGGGACCUCAACUCUGGCAAGUCGACCUUUGUUAACGCUCUGCUCAGGCGAGAGAUUAUGCCGGUCGAUCAGCAGCCGUGCACUACCGCAUUUUGUGAAGUUCACGAUGCGGCUGAGAAUAAUGGGAAUGAGGAGGUUCAUGUUCUGAAAGAGGGAGUGGUGUACUCUAUUCAGGACGAAUCGACAUUCACCCGUGCCACUAUCGCAGACCUCGAGGAGAUAGUUUCGGACAACGAGAAUGCUCAACCAGUUCUCAAGAUGUACCUAGCAGACACCCGGGCUCCUUCGGAGUCUCUACUUAACAACGGCGUUGUCGACAUUUCCCUCAUUGAUGCCCCUGGUCUCAAUCGCGACAGUCUCAAAACCACCGCGCUUUUCACACGUCAGGAAGAAAUCGAUGUCAUCGUCUUCGUCGUAUCGGCCGAAAAUCACUUCACUCUGUCUUCCAAAGAGUUCUUGUGGAAUGCAAGUAACGAGAAGGCUUAUCUGUUCAUUGUCGUAAACAAAUAUGAACAGAUCAAGAACAAAGAGAAGUGCAAGAGGCUCGUUUUGGAGCAGAUCAAACAGCUCAGUCCUAGAACAUACGAGGAUGCUAAUGACCUCGUACAUUUUGUCGAUUCGGCUGCUGCUCUUCGCCCUUACACCGCAAAUCCGGCGUUCGAUGAUUUAGAAUCCUCCCUACGUUCAUUCAUCUUAGUCAAACGGUCCAAGUCGAAACUGCAACCUGCGUCUACUUAUCUUUCCAACCUUCUCUCCGAUGUCGAGCUUUUAGUUGGUGCAAAUGCUAUUGUCGCGCAGUCGGAGCUUGACCGGGCCAAGGAUGACCUUACGAGGGCUAAACCGGUGUUGGAGAAGAUGAAGAACGGUCGGAAUGAUCUGGAAGAUGAUCUUGAGACAGUAGAAGAACAGGGUGUUAGUCAAACAAGUACCAAAACGCUCGAGAUGCUCUCCGCUGCACUCGAUCGAGUUGGCCAAGGUAAACUGGGAGUCGAUCACACCGCAAUCUCCCUACCGUCAUACCCCGGCUUCCUUCGUGUCUGGGAUUAUGUCAGGGACGUUAGAAAAGCCCUGCUCACCAGCUUGGAUGUGGCUGUCAAGCUUGCAGAACAUGAAGCCCGCGUCACCACCACUAACGGCGUCAACGCGAUUGGUAAGCUUGGUGAUGAACACUUGCCUGAGGGCGUCGAGAGAUCUCGCAGGGUUUUCAUGCCCGAAGCUAUGUUCAACAUUCGUCCCAGGAAGGGGGGUCGUCUCGGCAACCGUCGCAAUUCGUCAGCAGGAGGUGCGAUCGUCGCUGGUGGCCUACACGGACUGGGUAUCGGUCUCGCUCAACGCCCUGAGAUGCUUGAGACGUCAUUCCUCGAUAUCUUCGACGUUCCACACCAACUGUCUGCGCACUUGAACCAGGGCAAAGCAGUUGGUGAGGAGGAAGAGAUCAGUCCGACUGCUCUCAGUGUUGUGUCCGUUGGUAUUGGCGCGGUGACGAUGGUUGGUGGCCAGACUUUCGGAGCGAGGGGACUCGUCGAGGCUGUGUUGCGCGUGUCAGAGCUGGUAAGCAAUGAGUCGGUGAGGAAGUGGGCGGCGCCGGUGGUUGGUGCGGUGGUUAUGGGCGCGACGGCUUACUUCAUUCUCGAGCUACCCAACACUAUUCCCAGGACUGUUGGGCGUCGCGUCAAGGCUUCACUCGUGAAGGUGGACCAGGACGUCCCAGGGGAUGAGCUUUUCGUCAAUGCACAUGCAGGUAGAGUUAGCAGAGAAACGAGGAAGGUGCUUCGACUAGCAUCUUGGGACUUGAAGGAGCGGUUCAGAGUGGCCAUGGAUGAGAGGGGCAAAGAAGUGAAGAAUGCAGAAGAUAUGGAAAGAAAGGCGAGGAAAGCUCUGGAGUACUUCCAUGGUGUAGAGAAACAGACGGGCGAAGUGAGGGGCGACGGUGGGUUGGUCGUGGGGCUGUAAGUUCGCGGUCAGACUUGUAACACAAAGUGGUGAUUUUUCUUUUCGUUUUCUCAAUUUUACUCUCCUCAUCCCUCACUUUCACACUUUGAAUUUGAAUUUCUGGAGAUUUGCUAUUGUUAAAGAAAAUUCGCCUAUUGUUCCGAUAGUUUUUGACAGAGUCUUUUUUCUCGCCCCCACCUUCGUUGCGUUCUUGUGCACAUAUUCUCCAUCCUAUGCACCUUUUUCCACGACGUUCUUUGCAUCCAACAAUCCUCCGACUUGCGCUUCAUCUUGCAUUUCCUUUUCUUUCCCUUUUUGUUCACGUAUUGCAACGUAUAUGUAAUGACCACCCAAAUUUUAUAGAUGGCUGGUGUGGUUUCUGUUAGGGAGACACACUUGCGUUUAACUUUACACACUACUCAGAUAAUGGAAUCUAUUCAAGUGUUAUUGGACCAAA